ACAAACAAAAAGGAAUCGAUGGAAUUGCAAUCAAACCUAACUACGAGAAUUUGGCAGCCAAAAUUAGAAACAGAGGAGACACCAGAAUCACACUCCCUACUUGUUCAUCUUCCUGGUUAUGCAGAAGAUGAUAUAGGUGCUGAAUUCGAGUAUGAUUAUAGAAGAGUUAGGGUUUUUGGUGGACGAUCACUUGGAGAUAACAGAUCAAUCCGCUUCAACAUUGCAUAUGCAGUUCCUAUGAAUUGUGACGUGAAGAAGCUAAAGGGUGUGUUCAAAGGAGAAAUUUAUAGCAUUAUAAUGCCAAAGGUAACCAUAUCAAGGGAAGUGCAAGGUCAAAUCGAAAACUGUGAUGAACCAAAAUCAAUAAUUGAGAGUCAAAUAACUUCACCAAAAAGUGAUUCUGUGCCUCAAAAGCGUGAAGAAGGAGUUUCAGAAGAUGGCAAGAAUCAAAGAAAAGUGAGGUUUGAAAGUAGUGAAAAGAAAAGGGUUGAAGGGAAAGAAAGAAAGGAAGAAAGUGAGAAUGGUUGUGCAUCAGGAAAACCAUAUAUUGAAUGCAAAGAAAAAGAGGAAAUGAAUGGUGAAGUUGGUGAUAUUGGAUCAUCAAAAAGGGUUGGGAUAAAAGGGUUCAAUGAAGAAGAAGAUAAGCAUGUGUUAUUGUAUACUAGUGCAACGGUUCUGGUGUUGGCACUAGGGGUUUAUGCAUCUUACAAGCUUCGUUCUUUAGCUAGAACAUAAAGAUAUUCAUCUUUUACGUAUGAUUAUGCAUAUAAACAUAUAUUUAAAGCCAUUUUAUAAUCAUGUGUCUUUUCUUUUUACUAACACCUAAA